CAAAUUGCAUCCUCACAAUCUUCAUCUUCUUCCUUCUUCUACCCCUCACUGAAACACACAUAAGAGACACACACAGAGACAAUCGCAGACCCCGUUUACCUUCUUCUUCCUUCUCUUUCUCCUUUAGAUAAACUCGUCGCUAUCGGUCUCUCACCCAGUACCAGUAGCUGCAGUAAAUGCGUUAUCUGUGUCUCUUCUGAAACUUCUCUCAAACCAGUCCCCACCAUUCUUUAUUAUUAAUGUGGUAGUGUUGUUGGUGGCGGUGUUAUUAGCUUCUUAAUCUAUCUCUCUUCACGGGUCCAGUUCUCUCACGUUUUUUUUUUUUGUUUGUCUUGUUCUGGAUUUUCUCUGUUACUAUCUCCAGUUUUUGCUUCCUGGGUCUUCCUUUUUUUUGCCUUGAAAAUGUACUUGGAAAUUUCUGAGAGAGGAGGCAGACUUGUUUUGGAUCGUGAGCUUUGACGGCUCUUUUCUUCUUCUUCUUCUUCUUCAUGGUUUUCUUGUAGCUCUGCUCUGGCGUUUUUGUUUGUCUUGAGAAAAAAAAAAUGGGGUCUUGACUGAUUUUCCUGAAUGUUCAAUAUCUGGACGAGAAUUGCUCAUGGGGGUAUUUUUUAUUGGUUCUGCAUGAAGAAAUCUUUCUUUGGUCCCGUUCGUGUAUUGUUUGGCUAACAGGGUUUUGUUCAUUUUGUCUUGGAAGUAGAAAUUCUUGCUCUUGCUGUUGGGUUUCUGUUUAAAGUUUAAGACUUUGGUGCUGCAAACUUGUUUAAGAUUUUAGGAAUUUGGUGCUAUCUCCAGUAUUUGCUUGAAUUUCAGCUUCCUAAACUUCUAUCUGGUGGAAUCUUGGAGGACUCUUCUUGCGUGGGUCUCUAAGCACAUAACAUAGUUCCCAGUUCUGUUUGAAUUUUUCAUUUUUAAUCCCUUAUGAAAGUCGUGGGAAAGUUUGAAAUCUAGGCAAGGAUUGUUCAUGGGGAUCUCUUUUUCUAAUUCUGCAUGAAGAAAUCUUUACGGGGUUUGGCUCAUUUUGGCUUGAAAGUGUUGAGUUUUGCUCUUGCUGUUGGGUUUCUUCUGUUUAAAGUUCAAGGCUUUGGUGUUACACAAACUUGUUCAAUGGGGCAUCUGUCUAAUUCAUGGAAAAGUUGGAAAUCGAGGAAAGAAUUGCCCAAGGGGAUCUCUUUGUCUAAUUCUGCAUGAAGAAAUCUGUAUUGGGUUUAGCUCAUUUUGGCUUGAAAGUGUAAAGUUCUGCUCUUGCUGUUGGGUUUCUUUUGUUCAAAGUUCAAGACUUUGGUUGGUGCUGCACAAACUUGUUCAAUGGGGCAUUUGGAUUUGGUUCCUGUAUUGUUGCUUUCAUGGGUUUUCUUUAUUCACACUUCCCAUGAACUGCAAACCUCUCAUACUCAAGUUCUCUUACAGCUUAGGAAGCAUUUAGAGUACCCUUCACCUUUGGACAUUUGGGGAAAUUACACGGGAGAUUUUUGCAACAUCUCUUCAUCUCCACAUAUGAGCAUCUCAUGCCAGGAUAAUUCUGUCACUGAGCUUAAAAUAAUGGGGGAUAAGCUGGUCAAGGUCAGUGAGUUCAAUGGUUUUGCAAUACCCAAUCAAACUCUCUCUGAGAGUUUCUCUAUGGAUUCUUUCAUUACCACACUAACAAGGUUAACAAGCUUGAGAGUUCUCAGUUUAACUUCUUUGGGUAUUUGGGGACCAUUGCCUGACAAAAUUCAUAGAUUAUCUUCGCUUGAAGUUUUAGACUUAUGCUCCAAUUUCUUCUUUGGUACUCUUCCACCUGAAAUAUCUAGAUUGGUUAAGCUUCAAAUUCUAACACUGGAUGCCAAUUAUUUUAAUGGUAGUAUACCGGAUUCCUUGGAUUCGUUGUCGAACCUUACAACUUUGAGCUUCAAGAACAAUUGGUUAACUGGCCUUUUCCCCUCCUCAAUAUGCAAAAUCACCACAUUAAUUGAUCUUGCCUUGUCUCAUAAUGAGCUUUCUGGUAAAUUACCUGAUUUGAGUACCAUAACUAGCCUAAAUGUAUUGGAUUUAAGAGAUAAUCAUUUAGAUUCCAAGCUGCCUGUGAUACCUGAAAGAUUGGUAACUGUUCUUCUAAGCGAUAAUGCAUUCUCCGGAGAUAUUCCUGAACAAUAUGGCACAUUAAGUCAGCUUCAGCACCUUGAUUUAUCCUUCAAUAAUCUUAGUGGGACACCCUCUUCUGCAUUGUUCUCUUUGCCAAACAUCAGUUACCUGAACUUAGCAUCCAACAUGUUCAGUGGUUCAUUCCCUGAGCUAAAAUGUGGUAGCAGCCUCGGUUUUGUUGAUAUUUCGAAUAACAAGUUAACGGGUGAACUUCCUUCAUGCUUAGACAGAAUAUCAGAUAAAAGAGUGGUUAAAUUUGGUGGGAAUUGCUUGUCCAUUGAUGAUCGAGAUCAGCAUCAGGAAUCACAUUGUAAAGUGGUUGGUAUGGGGUUGAAACAAUCAAGACGAAAAUCAAUAGGAGUAUUGAUUGCUGUAAUUGUUGGAGCUGUACUUAUUUUGGUGCUUUUAGCAUUGGGAUCUCUUGUUUUAUUUAGAAGAUACUCUAAAGGCGCUACCUUUGAACAGCGUACGCGACCUAAGCUUGUGCAAGAUAAUCCACUGGCUGGAGUUUCCUCUGAGGUCCUUGCAAAUGCCAGGUUUAUUUCUCAAACGGUGAAGCUUGGGACACAAGGUUCUCCAGCAUCUCGAUCUAUUUCCUUCGAAGAGUUGAAGGAGGCCACAAACAACUUCGAUUCAUCAAUGUUCAUGGGGGAAGGCUCUAUUGGGAAGCUUUACAAAGGAAGAUUGGAAAAUGGAACUUAUGUUGCCAUAAGAUCUUUGUCUUUAUUAAAGAAAUUUUCGGUUCAAAACCUUAAGUCGGUAGACUUGCUUUCAAAGCUUCAUCAUCCACAUUUGGUAGCACUUUGGGGUCACUGCAUUGAGAGUGGUGGAAGAGAUGAGAUCAGUGCAAGUAAAGUCUUUCUUGUAUAUGAAUAUGUGCCUAAUGGAAACUACCGUGCCAAAUUAUCAGAAAAUUGUCCAGAAAAGGUUCUGAAGUGGUCAGAUAGACUAGCCAUUCUAAUUGGCAUAGCAAAGGCUGUUCAUUUUCUUCAUACCGGGGUAAUUCCUGGUUCCUUCAAGAACCGAUUGAGAACAAAUAACAUAUUACUUGAUGAACACCAUAUCCCAAAACUGAGUGAUUAUGGUAUAUCAUUCAUGACAGAAGAGAAUGAAAAGCUCGAGAUAAAGGGUGAAGAGCCUAAGUCAAGAUGGCCAAAAUCUGAGGAUGAUGUCUACAACUUCGGAUUUAUAUUGCUCGAAUCACUCGUGGGGCCUAUAGUAACCGGCAAAGGAGAGACAUUUCUUCUAAAUGAAAUGGCAUCCUUUGGUAGCCAGGAUGGCCGAAAGAAAAUUGUUGAUCCAGUAAUUCUAACAACUAGCUCACAAGAAUCAUUGUCAAUUGCAAUAUCUAUCACAAACAAAUGUGUAUGUCCUGAUCCAUCAUCUCGUCCCUCUUUCGAGGAUGUUCUCUGGAACUUACAGUACGCAGCUCAAGUCCAAGCUACAGCAGACACUGAACAGAAAUCAGACUAAGAAUCAUCACUGUAAAUUCUCCAGACUCAAGAGAUUCAUCUGCAGAAAGUCUGCAGCUAGUUGGAGGUGCUAUAACUCAAGCCAUAUUCUAACAUUUGAUAAUAAUUCAGUAAAUUUCUGUAGUAAUUACUUAAUGUUACGUGGUAAUUAAGUAACUACGCAAUGUUCAGUAAUUUCUAUACGAAGUUAAUGAAUUAUUAUAAAGUGUUAGAAAAUUAUGAAAGAGUUAUCGAAAAUUUUUUUGGAGACGUAGGGCUAAAUAUCUGCAAAGUUCAAAUGUAAAGUUGUAAAUUUUUUAUUUUUGGUUCUCUCAUAUUUUUUACAUGUUUAAAUUCUUUGGUUAGAAACCCUAGAAUAGUUUAGAUUUUUGUUUAAUUAUCAAUGAAAAUGUGAUACGAU